AUGUCUCUCGAGAGGUGUACGGGUACGGAAUCUCACGGGAAUGGGGGACAGGAGGUUGAGAAGGUCGAGAAGGUUAGGGAGGUAAGAUGCAUACCUGUCAAGCCUCCUGUAACUCCCGAAACGAACUCAAUUGUGUUAAAUCACGAUCAAGGAUGCACCAAACAACAACAACAACAACAACAACAACAACAACAACAACAACAACAACAACAACAACAACAACAACAACAACAACAACAACAACAACAACAACAACAACAACAACAACAACAACAACAACAACAACAACAACAACAACAACAACAACAACAACUCGUAAGCAACACUCUCGAAUGUCUAGUUUAG